AGACCUUCUCCCGUAAAUAGCGUAAAUUCGAAGCUCAUAUAUUUGUCGAAUGCACGUGUCUUAACCGUAAAAGCCAAACAACUCCAGCUCUCCUAUUCCCUCUCGACACUCCCGCCAUCUCACUCCCAUUUUCUCUGCCAACCGCCGCCGCACCACCGCCCUUCUCCUCCGACUCGCUGCCCAUCUCCGCCGGAAAACUACUUCGCGGUUGGUUGUCAGCCUGCUGCAGUGUCCGCACUUCUGUCGUUGUUUAAUAUAAGUUGCCACUGCUGAAUUGAAGUUUCUGGAAUCUUUGGUUUACUAACAAUUGUGAGAGAGAAGGAAGAAUGGGGUAUAUUGGAAAUCAUGGUAUUGCAGCGCUACAUAAGCACAAGUAUAGCGGUGAGGAUCACUCAUAUGUGGCCAAAUAUAUAUUACAACCAUUCUGGACUCGUUUCGUGCUUCUUUUCCCUCUUUGGGUGCCUCCAAAUGUGAUAACACUUACAGGAUUCAUGUUCUUAGUAACUUCUGCAUUGCUUGGAUAUAUAUAUUCACCUCGUCUAGAUACACCGCCACCUAGAUGGGUUCAUUUCAUGCAUGGAUUACUGCUCUUUUUAUACCAGACCUUUGAUGCGGUGGAUGGGAAGCAAGCCAGACGUACCAAUUCUUCAAGUCCAUUGGGAGAGCUUUUUGAUCAUGGAUGUGAUGCUCUCGGUUGUGCACUUGAAGCCCUUGCUUUUGGGAGUACAGCUAUGUGUGGAAGGGCAACUUUCUUGUUUUGGGUGAUAGCAGCUGUUCCAUUUUAUGGUGCAACUUGGGAAAACUACUUCACGAACAUUCUAAUUCUUCCUGUAGUCAACGGACCUACAGAAGGUCUCAUGCUGAUAUAUUUCUGCCACUUCUUCACAACUUUUGUAGGUGCUGAAUGGUGGGCUCAACAGUUUGGACUAUCAAUUCCCUUCUUGAGCUGGGUGCCAUUUUUAAAUGGGAUCCCAACAUACCAAGCUGCGUUGUACCUAAUGAUAGCUUCUGGUGUGAUACCUACUGUUGUAUUUAACAUACAGAAUGUCUACAGCGUAGUUAAAGUGAAAAAAGGAAAUAUGCUGCUUGCAUUAGCUAUGCUUUAUCCAUUCGUGGCUCUCCUUGUCGGAAUUUUUCUUUGGGAUUAUUUAUCUCCAGCUGAUAUAAUGGGCAACUAUCCCCAUCUUGUUGUGGUGGGAACUGGACUUGCAUUUGGAUUCCUUGUGGGUAGGAUGAUUUUGUCUCACUUGUGUGAUGAGCCUAAGGGUCUUAAAACGAGCAUGUCUAUGUGUCUUCUGUAUCUACCUCUGGCCAUUGCAAAUGCUUUGACUGCUAAACUAAAUGGCGGAGUUCCUUUAGUUGAUGAGCUCUUGGUGCUGCUUGGUUAUUGUGCAUUUACUGCUUGUGUGUACUUGCACUUUGCAACAUCAGUCAUUCAUGAAAUCACUGCGGCAUUGGGAAUUUGCUGCUUCAGGAUUACUAAGAAAGAAGCAUAAGGAAUGUUAAGAGUUCUUGAACCCUCCUUCCCCCUUGGUUACCUUUUUUCCUAGGUGUUGCAGGUCAAUCCAUCAAGACUGGCUUAUUCAAAAUUUAUUGGAACCACUUUUUGCUGUGGACCGCAUGAUUUCAGAAAUUCAACCAAGAUUGGAAGUUGUACGGAAUUAUGAUAUAAUGUUAUGUUAUCGAUCUGAUUUCACAACCCUUGAAAAGGCCAUGUUAUAAAAUCACAAGUGCUUAGUAAUCUUGAGCAUUAUGAUGUUUUUGGCCUUUUUACAGAAUCACAAGGGUGUCAUAAGCUUUCAUAUUCUGCAAUGUAUGAACUGAUACUGUAGAAAUUUUGCUUGCAAAAUGCAAUGCUUUUUUGAUCUAAACGAAUACUGCUGAAUAAUUCUGAUUUCUUCUA